AUAAGACCACUCCUUCCCUCACUUCCACUUCAAAGACCACUUCUCCAUUCUCACAUUUUCUCAUUCCCCUCUCAAAGAUCAUGAUGAUGAAGUUCAACUAUCCUCUCUUCACACUCUCACUUCUUCUAACAACCCUCCUCCAUUCCACCACCCCAACUUCAGCAGCAACCGACUCACCAGCCCCAUCCCCAUCCUCAGCCCCAACAGACAUCAUCAGAAUCCUCAAAAAAGCCGGCGGUUUCACCACCUUAAUCCGCCUCCUCCAAACAACACAAACAUCCACACAAAUCAAUGCUCAGCUUCUCAACUCAAACAACGGCCUAACACUCUUCGCACCCAACGAUAACUCCUUCUCGUCUCUCAAACCCGGUUUCCUCAACUCCCUUAACGAUCAACAAAAGAAUGAGCUUAUCCAAUUCCAUGAACUACCCUCUUUUGUUUCUCUCUCGAAUUUCGAUACUUUAAGCAACCCGGUUAGAACACAAGCCGGUGAUGAUCCUACAAGGUUAGCAUUGAACAUAACAAGUUCAGGGAGUCAAGUGAAUUUGACAACCGGUGUUGUGAAUGCUACUGUUGGUGGAAGUGUUUUCUCUGAUCAUCAGCUUGCUAUAUAUCAAGUUGAUAAGGUUCUUCUUCCUAGAGAUUUCUUUGUUCCCAAGUCACCUCCACCUGCUCCUGCACCGGAAAAAGCUAAGGACUCUAAGAAAAAAUCUGCAGAGGGUCCUGCUUCUGCUGAUGAUGAUACUAAAUCUUCUGCUAUGAGUUUGAAGGACAAAACUGGAAUCAUGUUCGUUGUUGCAGUUGCUUCGGUUGCUGUAGCAACUGUGUUUUCAUUGUGACUGUUAUGAGAGGUUUGAACAAAGUUACAAAAUUUUCAGAAUGCAGGAAACUAUAUUAUUGUUUGCUUCAUGGAUCUUGUUUUCAUGUGUUGGAUUGGUUGGAAAUUUUUGUAGCAGCUUAUAAUGAUUGUCAAUUGCUCUUUCUUUUUUCUUUUUCUUAAGAUUGAAGUAAGUUUGUGGUGACAAUUGUAUUCAGUUUUGAAGGGUUUGAAUUAUUUCUCUGCUUCUUUCUUUGUUAGUUGUUAUUAUUCAUUGAAAAAGUAUAAAGGUCAUAUCUUGUGUUAUAA